AUGACACGCAGUCGGGUGGCGAACGGCGCGGCGUCGCCCAGCGCUGGGCCGCGACGUCGCGGCCGCGCGCGCGCGCCCGAUCUCGACCACUUCACCGCCUUCUGCACGCGCGCGCGCCAGCACAACUACAACGUCGCCGUGCAGAUAUUCCAGUAUCUAGGAAUGAGGGAUUUGGCGCAUUGCGCGAGAGUCUGCAAGCUGUGGCAACAGCUCGCCUCUACACCAGCUCUGUGGAGACAUGUGCGAAUGAAAAAUUCACAUGUAAGUGAUUGGGGUGGGUUAUGUGCAGUUUUAAAACGUCACGGAACCAAAUGGCUUGAUCUUCGCAAAAUGCUUUUACCACAAAACGACACGAUCUUCUGGGACCAAUUCGCUGAGCACAUUGGCACUGUAGAUACGUUGGAGAGGCUGGAGUUGUGCCGCUGCCCGGCGCGCGCAGUGGAGGCGGCCAUGGCGCGCGUGCCGACGCUGCGCGCGCUGGCCGCGCCCGCCAUCCGCGACGCGCGCCUCGACCCCGCCGCGCUGGCGCUGCUGCCGCGCCUCGAGCUGCUGCGCCUCAAGUCGCUGGCCGGACUCGCGCUGGCCUCCGACCUGCGCCCCCUGGCCGCGCUCACGCGCCUGCAGCACCUGUCGCUCACCAGCAUCAAGGAGCUGGGCUGGUGCGCGUGCGAGGUGGUCGGCCAGCUGGAGAUGCUGGAGUCGCUCGAGCUGGGCGAGUGCUCGUUCGGCGCGCCCUUCGCCGCCGCGCUUGCCCGCCUGGGGCGCCUCCGCCGCCUGCGCCUCGAGCGCGGCGUGGCGCACUGCGCCGCGCCCGCGCUGCUGCGCGCGCUCGCCACGCUGCCGCGCCUCCCGCGCCUCGAACUCGUCAACUUCGAUGUCAAGGUUGGUUUUGACGACGCGUUAGCAGAGUGUAAAAAUAUCCAGAGACUCCUUAUCAUACCUACAUACGUGUCACAAUCGGCUACCACGAAUAAGCAGGUGCUGAGCGGCGUGCUGCGGCUGAAGGACACGCUGACGCACCUGAUGUGGGGCGUGACCAUCGAGCUGCUGCGCGUGACCGAGCUGUUCAUCGACCAGUGCGAGCAGGGCGGCGAGGCGACCGACGGCAGCGAGUCCGGUGACAAGCGGCGCGACGUGGGCGAGUGCAUCCCCGUGCUCAAGCCCGUGCCCGGCUGCCGCUUGCCCGACGACCGCCACCUGGUGGCCGGCCCGCCGCAGGUGGAGAUCCUGCCACUACCAACACUCCAGCGGCUGUUAUCAGCACAAAUGCCCAACACGAAGCUGAAAAUACUACGCAUCCCGUUCCACGCCACCUGGCGGCAGUCACUCGCAGACUUUCAGUAG